GGAUGCCCAUACGGAUACUGUAAGGUCUGAGGAGCCCUGUGACAGCUGUCCUAGGAGGAUCCACUUCAGGAUACAGAUCCAAAGGGAGAGUGAGAUGCCAAGACGAGAACAUCGAUCUGCCUGAGUCCAGCCAGACAGCCACCCUUGCCUGCUGCUCCACCAAAGCUCCCAGCCGGGGACCACAUCCCACCGCCUACGCAGCAUCCACCCAUGGAGGUGAACCACAUGGGCCUGCCUCCCACAUCACCCGUGCUGGAGGCUGAGGAAGAUGACCCAUGCAGGCUAGAGGUCACAGAUGUGGCCAUAGAUGGUGUCACCCUGCUCAUCUGCCUCUGCGGGCUGCUGGGCAAUGGAGCUGUCCUCUGGCUCCUCAGCUGCCGCAUCAAGAAGAGUCCCAUCACCACCUACAUCCUCAACCUGGCCGUUGCUGACUUCACCUUCCUCCUCUUCAUGGUCAUCUCCUCCAUCCUCUACAUGAUUGAGAACAUCUCCUGCUCCACUGCUGUGUCCCUGACAUACAUGAGGUCACUUUUUCUGCUCUCUCUGUUCUCCUACAACAUGGGCCUGUACCUGCUGACAGCCAUCAGCAUCGAGAGGUGUGUCUCCAUCCUCAGCUCUGGCUGCCACCGUCCCCAGCACCUAUCAGCUGUGAUGUGUGUCCUGCUCUGGGCUCUCUCCAUCGCUGUCAUUGCUGUGGUGACUUCUUUGUGCCUGCUGCACGAUCAUGAGGUCUGCCAGGUGGCUCUCAUCUCCAUGUAUGCCCUCAACUUCCUCAUCUUUGCACCACCCAUGGUCAUUUCCAGCACAAUCCUCUUCAUCAAGGCUCAUUGUGGGGCCCAGCAGCACCAACCCUGGAUGCUCUCCAUUGUUAUCUUCCUCACCGUCCUCUUCUUCCUCCUCUUUGCUCUUCCCCUCAGCAUCUGGAGCUUCCUGCAGCAGUUCAGCUACACCUUCGCAUCCUCCCAGGUUGUUUUCUUGCUUGCCUGCAUCAACAGCAGCAUCAACCCCUUCAUUUAUUUCUUGGUGGGGAGCUGCCGUGGGCACUGCUCCUCGGUGUCCCCCCAGGUCGCCUUCAGGAGGGUCUUUGAGGAUCCAGAAGACAAAGCUGCAUGUAGCAGUGACACCACGAUGGACACGCUGGCCCCAGCCUGUUGAAGCUUCUCCACUGCUCUGCCUGAGGCCCUGGGACAGUGGCUGAGGGUUCCCCUGAGCAGCCAGGCUGAUGAAUGUCUGCAGUGCUUCUCCUAAUGUCCUUCUCUCGGUGGCACCCUCUCAGGGUGUCACCCUGUCCCCGUGCAGAAGAGGAGAGCAGGGACAUUGCCAAGGCCAAUGCGAGGGGCAGAUGCCCAGCGAGGAGCAUGGUGGAGCAUGGAUCUUCUCCUCCCUGCCAGCCCAGCUCCUAGGGCAUUCUGCCCACAAGAAGGACAUACUCCAGAAGUCCUUGUGCCCAAAUAUCUCCUGGGUUUUGGGAUGAGCAUUCCCUUUGGGAAUCUCUAACUCAUGUACAGAGCUGGAGAAAAACCCAUCCAGUGUCCCAAGUCCCUCUCAUCCUCCUACAACGUGUCCAAGCUCUUCUCCCCUCCCACCUCCUGCAGUGCCAGUGUGGAGGGGACCAUGGAUCCUCAGCAGGCUUUGCCACAGCCCCACCACCUUUCCCAGCUGCUGGUGCCCAGCUCCUGUAUCUCACUGCUGCCUGAGAGCAAUAAAUAACAUC